AUGUCGUUCUCAAAGUCUCGAAAAACAGAACAGCCCAUUAUUCGGCGGCUUGGUCAUUUCGAGCGUAUGCAGAAUGCAUUACAGACGAUGGACUUAUAUCGCGGCACCAGCAUCACUUGUCUUUACAACAUUCCCGAAAGCCUUCAAAAUCCUACUUCUCACGAUGAUCUAGUACAAACGGUGGAACUCGCCGUAGCGGACACCAUCGACCAGCACCCCCUGCUCCAGGUUGGGCUUGUAAACGAAAGAACCAAGCGCGCCGCUUGGUGUCGAAUAGACCAGGUGAACUUGACAGAACAUAUCGAAUGGCAGCUUGUCAAUCAACUCGACAAUUACCAUGAUACGUUGAGAGAUCUUACUCAACGCCAUCUGGAUACCAAGUUCGAAAAUCGUGCGACCCACCCAGGAUGGCGGUUGGUGGUCUUGAAACUCGAGGAGCAAAACCUACUUGACAUCAUGUUUGUCUGGUGCCAUGCUAAUUGUGAUGGGACCGGAGGCAAGAUAUUUCACGAGUCUUUGCUACAAUCUUUGAACUCGGUGAUGGCUGGCGCAAGCCAAAUCUCACUCGAAAACCAUAUUUAUCAGACUACAGCUUCAGCACAGAACAUGUUGCCCUCGCAGGAGGUUAUUGCCAAGUAUCGCAUCACUCCUAAAUUCGCCCUCAAUAGCGUCUGGCAUGAGUUUGGACCCCCCAUGUUCGUUUCAAAGACCACCUAUGUAUCCUGGGCGGACAUAACCAGAACCCCUUGCAAGACGCAACUCAGAACCUUAACCAUCAGACAAGCCACCCUUCAAAAGCUUUUGACGGCUUGUCGAAGUCACAAGACGACUUUGACAGGUCUAUUGCACGGAAUAACGUUUGUGUGUCUUGUCGGUGAAUUGCCCGAGAGCAAGAUUGCUUCAAUCAUGGCUGAAACUCCGCUCAGCCUGAGACGUUUUAUCAAGCCCGAAGCCGAGGCCUCACCUACGAUCGACCCCAAAAGAUUGAUCGGUAAUUAUGUGACGAGAAUGGAGCAUGAGUUCGGGAAAGACUUGGUCAACAAGGUCUGGAGGCUGACUCAAAGUGUUGAUGUGGAGGAACGGUUCACUGUCCUAGAGAAAGACAUGUGGGCUGCUGCUGCUCUCGUACGCCAAGAAAUACAAGCCAAACUUGACCUUGGAUUAAAGAAUGACCUCGUCGGUCUAAUGGCAGUGGUUGGAGAUUGGGAAAAAUACAUGAAGGACGAAAUGGCAAAGCCCAGAGCUGUCUCGUGGCUGGUCACUAACUUGGGCGAAAUUGAUGGAGUUUGCAAGUCUGAAGACAAGUCGUGCUGGUCUAUUCAGAAAAGCAAGUUCUCUUUGGCUGCUGGAGUCAUCUCGCCAAUUUUCAACAUCAGUGUCAUCACUGCCAAGGGUAAUGACCUUUGCAUUGAUGUUAGCUGGCAAGACGGUCUGAUUGAUUCGGUUAUUGGGGAUCGACUGAUUGAGGGUAUUCACACGUGGCUGGAUUACAUUGCCCGUAGCUAG